GCCUCGCGUCUACGCCAUUGCCGGCCGGAGCAGGGAGAGAUAGAUAGAGCAUCCAACCUUUGCUCCUGCUGCUUAUCACCGCUCGGCUUCCUCCUCCCUCCUGCCGCACCACCGCAAUCCGAGGUCAUCAAGCCAUGGCGGGGUCGACGAUCGGUUCCUCCUCCAAGCUUGGGCUCCUCCUCCCCGCGCUCGCCUUCGUCCUCGUCUUCGCCGCGAGCCCCGGGCUCGCGUCUUCCGCGGCGCCGGGUCUCGUGUUCCACGUCGGCGGCCCGCGCGGGUGGCGCGUCCCCGACGCCAACACCAGCUACGGCUGGUGGGCCAUGAACAACCGCUUCCACGUCGGCGACAAGCUCUACUUCAAGUACGAGAACGACUCGGUGCUCCUCGUCGACCGGGAGGACUUCGACGCCUGCAACGCCACGGAGCCCAUCGCCAGGUCCGACGACGGCAGCACCACGUUCCCCCUCGACAGGCCGGGGUUCUUCUGCUUCAUCAGCGGCCACCCGGGCCACUGCGAGGAGGGCCAGAGGCUCAUCGUGCGCGUUAUGGUGCACCCGGCCGAGCUCGCGCCCGCGCCUGGACCGGACGCCUACGCGCCGGGGGCGUCGCAGCCAGGCGGCGGCGGCGGAGGAUCUAGCGGCGGACAGGGUGGGUCGUCGUCCGGCGCUUCGUCUGCUGCUGUUGCUGUCGGCGGCUUCGCUCUAGCCGCGGCACUUGCAGUUGGCCUCGUCUUGCUGCUUCAGUGAUCAGUUCGUUGCAUGUAUGCAAUAUGCAUGCAUACUAGCCUAGUUUAUAAUUCAGGUUUUAUUAUUGAUUUUUAGUCGAUUCCUCUUCUAUUUGAGUCAUCCAGUACUAGCAGUGUUCCAGGAUAUGAUUGUGUCAGACACCAUAGCCUAUAUUUAUAAUUCUAUUGGUAAUCGAUCCUAUAUAUGUAAUGACAGUUAUUGUAUUGUGUUCUUUGAUCGGUAUGAAUAUUUGAGAUUC